AUGUCCCGAAUCCGCUGCAUACUGCACGGCAUUGAUUUGAAAACUUGUAUCUUUCUAUUUGUACUAGUUUCUACGUUGGUUUUCAGCGUGUAUGUUCACGGACAGAAGAUUUCAUACUUCUUGCGGCCGCUAUGGGAAUCACCGCCCAAGCCUUUCCGUGAUAUCCCGCAUUAUUAUCAUGAGAAUGUGUCGAUGGAGACACUCUGCAAACUUCAUGGUAGGGGAGUUCGUGAGUUUCCAAGACGGGUAUACAAUGCGGUGUUGUUCAGUAAUGAAGUGGAUAUUCUUAUCGUAUGGUGGCAAGAGUUAUAUCCUUUCAUUACACAAUUUGUUCUUCUCGAGUCUAAUUCCACAUUUUCUGGAAUUCCGAAGCCUAUGGUGUUUGCUAGUAAUCGAGAUCAGUUCAAAUUUGUUGAGCCCCGACUGACUUAUGGGUCCAUCGGAGGCAGGUUUAAGAAAGGAGAAAACCCGUUUGUUGAGGAGGCUAUGCAGCGAGUAGUAUUAGACCCGCUUCUCAAAAUAGCUGGGAUUACUGAUGAUGACUUGUUGAUUAUGUCUGAUGUCGACGAGAUACCAAGCAGACAUACCAUCAACCUAUUGAGAUGGUGUGAUGACAUUCCUCAAGUUCUUCAUCUUCGGCUAAAGAAUUAUCUUUACUCUUUCGAGUUUCUUGUGGAUGAUAAAAGCUGGAGGGCGGAGGUCCACAGGUAUCAGACGGAUAAAACAAGAUACGCACAUUAUCGUCAGACAGAUGAGAUUUUGGCGGAUGCAGGGUGGCACUGCAGUUUCUGCUUCCACCACAUUAGCGAGUUCGUAUUCAAGAUGAAAGCUAACAGCCAUAUCGAUAGAGUGAGGUUUUCUCAUUAUUUGAACCCGAAAAGAAUCCAGAGAGUGAUUUGCAAGGGUGCCGAUCUAUUCGACAUGCUUCCAGAGGAGUAUACAUUCAAGGAAAUAAUCGGGAAAAUGGGUCCAAUCCCUCAUUCUUUCUCCGCUGUUCAUCUUCCAUCACAUCUUUUAGAGAAUGCAGAUGAAUACAAAUUUCUUUUGCCUGGAAACUGUUUAAGAGAAAGUGGCUGAUUCUUCUGAUAACUAAAUGGUUUUGGCUAGUUAGAGGCGCUACCGAUGUGACUCCCCACGAUGGGUUCAGCUGAAAGAUCAUCGA